CCAAUGGUGAAUUUAGCCGUUGUAGAAGAGUCUUGAAUAAAAUCAUCCCAAACUUAAUCAUUUUUACAUUACAUUGGAGUGCGUCAUGUCGAAAGCCGAGGCCAUUCUAAAAAUCGAACCUGAAAAUGAGCUACGAUUUCGAGGACCAUUCAAAGAGCCUGUCUCUGUGGUGAUGAAGCUGUCCAACAAUGUGGACAAGAAAGUUUGCUUCAAGGUGAAAACCACUGCUCCCAAACGAUACUGUGUGAAACCAACCACAGGAGUCAUAGGCCCAAAGGAAGCUGUCACAAUUCUAGUCACUUUACAGCCAUUUGAUCCAAAUGAUCCUAAUGAAAAGGGGAAGCACAAGUUUCAAGUGUUGUCUGUGCUGGCACCUGAAGGAGAAUUUAACAUUGAAACCUUGUGGAAAGAAACUUCUUUGGAAAUAAUCAAUGAUUGGAAACUCAAGUGUGUACUUGAAACACCAGAUGAAGCUGGGACUGCUGCUGCUUCUGCAGCACCUACAGUAGCUGUGACAAAUUCAGCUUCUGCUCCAGCACUCCCGGUUGCUGCUCCCGUUGCUGCUCCAGUUGUCAAGACUGAAGAAAAAACUUCAAAAGAUGCCUCUAUGCAAAAAGUCAGCAACUUGGAAUUGGAACUGCGCAAGGCUUCCGAUGAGAUUACCCGACUUAGAGAAGAGCUUAGUUCAGCAACGAGAGAAAAUAUUCAAUUAAAAGAAGAAGGAUUGCGGCUAAGACGCAGUAAUGUAUCUUCCGGUACGGAAUCAGCAGGUUUCAAGCCAGAGCAGCCUCCUCUCAUGUAUCGUCAACCUGGCCAGGAUUCAGUAGCGACCGUCUCGUCUCCAAACGUCCUAUAUAUUGUGGCUGCCCUUUUACUGGGUAUCAUAAUUGCGAAGCUCUUCUUCUAAGAAAAGGAACAAUACCGAGAGUUGGCAUAUUGGUAUACUUUCUUCUACCCAACAGAAUGGGAGUAGGGCUAAUAUAUCUCUUCAUUUCAAGUCUCCUUCAUGUUUUCUGACGAAAUUAUUCUCCGCCUUGUUUUUUUCCUGUUUGUUUUUUCAUACAGCGCUCUGCAAAGCAUUCAACCGAGAAAAACUAGCCCAUGAAUUUUUCUUCGUGUAAACUAAAUGAUUGCGCAACUGCCCACACCCGAACAGCUCAGUUUUAAGUUUCCAGUUGUGCAGGAAGCUGUGGGUUUUUGCACGGGGCGCUGAGAAAGAUAGCUAGUUAGUUGUUUCUCUCCCAAAUUUUUGAUAGUAGUUAUGUAACAGUUGGCUUAGAGUUUAGUUAUGCCCGUUCACACCUCCAUCUCCUUUUGUAUUUUUCUAUUCCUUUCUCCUAAGAAGUCCACACAAUCCCCUUACUGGAAAAUAUUACCUUGGUUCAACUAUUUAACAGUUUUGGUUAAGCAGGCGUUCAAUAUAUAUAAACAAUUAUCCAAACUCGUGUUUUCUAUAGUGGAAGUUUAUCUUUCUCUUUUUUCCAACGUCCUUAAUUUCUGUUCUCAUUUAUUGUGCCGUUUUGGGGAUUGUCCAGCUUAAGAGAAGUUGUCGAAGUUCCAACGGUCGAGAAACAAUUUUCUGUCCCUUGGAAUUUUUUGCUAUCCCUUUCCCUUUUAUUUUCUGUAAUAAUUUCCAGUUUGCUGGAACCUUUGUUGGCAUAUUUGAACGAGAUGAAAAAGAAAAAAAAAAACCUAGUUGUGCAGCAAGUGUCCCCGUAUGAUAAUUCUUGUUUUCCUCCUCUCUGGGCCAAUAAAGCUAAAUAAAAAACCCAAUAACCAUGUA